AUGACACUUGUUAGAGAACGACGUCACCAAGAACCUCUCACACUCUCUAUUCCACCACUUAUUUACCACGGCACCGCCUUCUCCGUGGCAUCUUCUUCAUCGUCAAGCCCUGAAACAUCGCCGAUUCAAACCUUAAACGAUCUCGAGAAACUCUCCGUUUUAGGACAAGGAAGCGGUGGGACAGUCUACAAAACCCGUCACCGGAGAACCAAAACGCUUUACGCCUUAAAAGUCCUCCGGCCAAAUCUCAACACCACGGUCACCGUCGAAGCCGACAUCCUCAAGCGAAUCGAAUCGAGUUUUAUCAUUAAAUGCUAUGCCGUUUUUGUUAGUUUAUACGAUCUCUGUUUCGUGAUGGAGCUUAUGGAGAAAGGAUCUCUCCAUGACGCGUUACUUGCUCAACAAGUUUUCUCCGAGCCAAUGGUAUCGAGUCUCGCUAACAGAAUCCUCCAAGGGUUACGUUAUCUGCAAAAAAUGGGAAUAGUUCAUGGAGACAUAAAGCCUUCAAAUCUCCUUAUUAAUAAGAAAGGAGAGGUCAAGAUUGCGGAUUUUGGAGCAAGUAGGAUAGUAGCCGGAGGAGACUAUGGAUCGAAUGGGACAUGUGCUUAUAUGAGUCCUGAACGUGUAGAUCUAGAGAAAUGGGGUUUUGGAGGAGAAGUUGGAUUUGCAGGAGAUGUGUGGUCAUUAGGAGUUGUGGUUCUUGAGUGUUACAUUGGAAGAUAUCCAUUGACCAAAGUUGGGGAUAAACCGGAUUGGGCGACAUUAUUUUGUGCAAUUUGCUGCAAUGAGAAGGUGGAUAUUCCAGUGAGUUGUUCGUUGGAGUUUAGAGAUUUUGUUGGGAGAUGUUUGGAGAAGGAUUGGAGGAAGAGAGACACUGUGGAAGAGCUUCUUCGUCAUUCUUUUGUGAAAAACAGAUAG